AUGUUUUCUGAGAAACAUUCAUUAGAAGUUAAUGAUGAUUAUGAUGACGAUGAUUCCGACAGUUCUUCAUCAAUUACCAUAGGCAAUGGAACUGCAGAUUCAAUUCUGAAGAAACUAAGAAAAAGUCGCAGUCAAGAACAGAAAAGCAAAUCUGAUAAGACGCUCUUGGAUAGUAAGAAAGGAAUUGAUGAUGCAGAAAUCAAACCAAUGGCCAAUUUAACUGUAGACAAACAUGAUUCAGUUGAUAGUAUAUUGAAAAAUCAGGGUGACAAUAGCUGUGUCCAUGUGACUAAAGGAUCUCCUUUUAAGGGAAAUUUAUAUAAUGGUUCAGGUCUAUUGCCAGCAUCGAAUUCGAAACUCGGUUUUAUUGAGCAGGAAUCUGGAGAAAUCGUAUUUACCGCCUACAUACAAAUGAAAAAUGCCAGACAAGACGAAUAUGAAAUGCUUAAGAAGGUAUCUCACCACCGAAUUCGGGGACUAGAGAAACAGCAAAACUGUAAGAUACAGUUCUUUGAUGAGGCGCUUGAAAUGAAGGCACAGCGGGUUUACAUGUUGCAAAUUACAGGUCCAGGUUACAGAGAGGUGAUGACGUGUAAAAAUUCUCUACCCAAAUGUAUUAUUGAGAGAUUGAUUACAGCCGAUAGUAGCUUGGAUGAAUUAUUUUCGAGAUAUCAAAGAAGAAAAUAG